CUGGCCCUUGUGUGUGGCCUCCAGGCCAUCGUCAUCCCCCAGACCAUGAGGAACCUGGAUAUAAGAAAGGUGGCUGGGAUGUGGCACUCCAUGGCCAUGGCGGCCAGCGACAUCUCCCUCCUGGACUCCGAGGCCUCCCCCGUGAGAAUGUACGUCCAGGAGCUGAGACCCACCCCUGAGAACAACCUGGAAAUCAUUCUGCGCAAACGGGAAAACAGCGCCUGUGUUGAGAGGAACAUCAUGGCGCAGAAGACUGAGGACCCCGCCGUGUUCAUGGUCGACGACCAAGGGGAAAGAAGGAUUUCCGUGCUGGACACAGACAGCACCCACUACCUGUUCUUCUGCAUGGAGGCGCCCACGCCCCACGCUGGGAACGGCGUCAUGUGCCAGUACCUGGCCAGGACCCUGAAGGUCGACAACGAGGUCAUGGAGAAAUUCGACAGAGCCCUCGAGACCCUGCCCGUGCCCAUGCGGAUCAUCCUGGACCUGAGCCAGGGGAAGG